GCUUUUGCCAUGGUCAGCAUAUUAUGAUUGGAACGAGAAGCCUAACGUUCUUCUAUUUAUAGUGCCCUCUGUUUCUUCCACUUUCCCUACUCAGAUCUUUAUCCUGCUGUUUGAGAUCUCCGGAGAUGGUGCGCGGCGACCGGCAGUUGUUUAGGAGGCGACGCAAGUGGGUGAACGGGCCGCUGAUCGUCGGCGCAGGCCCGUCGGGGCUGGCUGUAGGCGCGUGCCUGAGGGACCACGGCGUGCCCUUCGUCAUCCUCGAGAAAUCCGACUGCAUUGCCUCGCUGUGGCAGCACCGGACGUACGACCGGUUGAAGCUCCACCUCCCCAAUCAGUUUUGCCAGCUGCCGAAGCUCCCUUUCCCCCGUGACUUCCAAGAGUACCCUUCGAAGGCUCAGUUCAUCGCCUACUUGGAGGCCUACGCUCGCCACUUCAAGCUGCACCCGCAGUUCAACGUCGCCGUCGCGUCCGCCAAGUUCGACGACACUUGCGGGAUGUGGCGGCUGCGCUGCCGGAGGACGGAGACAGAGGUGGAGUACUUCUCCCAGUGGCUGGUCGUGGCCACCGGCGAGAAUGCAGAUUGCGUGGUGCCGGAGAUCGCCGGUAUGCAUGAAUUCUUCAGCGAUCAUCUGAUGCAUGUCUGCGACUACAAGUCCGGCGACGCUUUCCGGAGAAAGAAGGUGCUCGUCAUCGGCUGUGGCAACUCCGGCAUGGAAGUCUGCCUCGAUCUCUGCCUCCACAAUGCCUUCCCCACCAUGGUCGUUCGCGAUUCGGUCCACGUGUUGCCGAGGGAGACCUUUGGUAGGUCGACCUUCGAGCUCGCCGUCGGUUUGAUGAAAUGGCUGCCGUUGAAUCUGGUGGAUAAGGUGAUGCUAGCGUUGUCAAGGAUGAUACUCGGAGACACCGAGAAACUCGGAUUGAAACGACCUUGCAUCGGACCUUUCGAGCUCAAGAACACGCAGGGGAAGACGCCGGUGUUGGACGUCGGCGCGCUGGGAAAGAUCAAGAGCGGCGAGAUCAAAGUGGUUCCCGGUAUCAAAAGGUUCCUGCAUGGUAAAGUGGAGCUGGUGGAUGGAACAACCCUCGACGUCGAUUCCAUCAUACUCGCUACUGGUUAUCGCAGCAACGUCAAUUCAUGGCUACAGGGGAGUGACUUCGACACAGAUGGAUUUCCUCGGACUCCAUUUCCAAAUGGGUGGAAAGGGAGCUCAGGGCUUUACGCUGUGGGAUUCACCAGGAGAGGCCUCUCCGGGAUAUCCAUGGACGCCGUGAAGAUUGCCGAGGAUAUUGCCAGAGUUUGGAGAGAAGAAACCAAGCAUGCAAAAGCAAAACACAUGAUUGCCUGCUAUAGAAGAAGGACAUCACGAAGCUGAUGAUUAGUCAACAUCUUCACUCUGAUAUCUGCGAUGCAAACCUACCCCCCUUUCUCCUUAUAGUUUCAAC